CACUUGUAGAGGUUGCCCAGAAUAGUUCCGGGUUACUCUUGUUGUCCUAGUGUAAUUAUUAAAAGAAUUCCCUUUCACGGUCAAAAGUGUUCCAGACUCAUUUUUGAACUUCUCUUGAUAAGACUGAGAAAUUAAGAGUACUUCCUGAAACCAUCAAAAAGAAAAAUGUCUGUGACACUGCAUACAGAUGUAGGUGAUAUUAAAAUAGAAGUCUUCUGUGAAAGGACACCUAAAACAUGUGAAAAUUUCUUGGCUCUUUGUGCCAGUAACUACUACAAUGGCUGUAUAUUUCAUAGAAAUAUCAAGGGUUUCAUGGUUCAAACAGGAGAUCCAACAGGGACUGGAAGAGGAGGUAACAGUAUCUGGGGCAAGAAAUUUGAGGAUGAAUACAGUGAAUAUCUUAAGCACAAUGUUAGAGGUGUUGUAUCCAUGGCUAAUAAUGGCCCAAACACCAAUGGAUCUCAGUUCUUCAUCACCUAUGGCAAGCAGCCACAUUUGGACAUGAAAUACACAGUAUUUGGGAAGGUAAUAGAUGGUCUGGAGACUCUAGAUGAACUGGAGAAGUUACCAGUAAAUGAGAAGACAUAUCGACCUCUUAAUGAUGUACACAUUAAGGACAUAACUAUUCACGCCAACCCAUUUGCUCAAUAGCUAUAAUAGACCUGGACAAAUAUUUGGCAAACUAUUCAAGCAACACACCCAUUGUGGUUUACCCAGUUUUAAUUAUGUCACAGAUUGCAUCAUCUUUCUGCUUGUUUACAACAAAGAUCUUCUAUGAGUUGGUCAUACCAAGGGGAGCCAAACAACUUUUACUCCCAUUCUUAGAGCAUAUUUUUUACUAUAACUAUUAUCCAAUGUAUUUCCUUAAGUUAAAAAAAAAAACCCUCCUGUUUAAUUUUUA